UUGUGGUCUUGGGGUCUUUGGGGAAGCGUAGGUGCUGUGCCUGGUGCUGGGUUAAGCGUGCAGCGGAGUGAAUGCCGUGGGCCCCCCCUUUUUUUCUCUCUACACGGCAUUAUUCACUUGAAUGAUAAGUUUUUGCACGCUGAUGAACGUCAGAAGUCACAGCUUUUUAAUGAUAUAUAUAUACAUCACUGGUGUUAA